AUGGAAAAUGAUAUAUACAGUUUGAAUAUUCUCAAAAAGUAUAUAGAUGAUAAUAAAAAUAAAUUAAAUAAUUAUAAAACAGAAAAUGAUUCAGAUAAAUUAAAAAAUAAUUUAUUCUUAAACCUAAAUAUUCCUAUUCCUACUCUGAAUCAUAUUAUUGACGAAAGUAAAAGUAUGAUAGCAAGUAAUUCUUCUGAUGAUAAAUAUAAUUAUGAAACAUUAAAGUAUUCAAAAAGUCUUCUAGAUAUAAUUAUGAAAAUUUCCUUAAAAAAAAAUUGUUUUCAAAGAAAUCAAGAAUAUGAAAAAAAAGACACAAACAAAAAUGAUAACAUCAUAGAAAAAAAAAAUAUGUAUAAUAACAAGGAAAACGAAGAAACUAAAAAUGAGAAUGUUGAAAACAAAAAUACAGAAAAAUUAUCAAGUUUACAUAAUUUGAACGUUAGAAAUAUUAUAUCUGAUAAAAAAGAAGAAGAAAUUAAUUAUUAUCCUGGUUUUUGUAAGCAAUUGGGAGCAAAAGGAAGAAGAUGUAUGCUGGAAUUAAUUCGUAAAGCUUACAGACAAAAUACAUCUUUAUGCAAAAAUAUUUUAUCUCAUAAAAUAAAACCUCCAGCUUGUAUUUCAAAUUUACCUUUUUUUAAUAUAAAUAUGUUAUGGAAAUUAUCUUAUGAAUUUGGUGUCUUUGAAGAAGCAUUAAAAAUUCACAAAAUAUAUGGACAGAAUUCAAAUCCACUUAAUCAAUAUUUAAAAAAAGGAAAUAAUAAUGAUUUAUUGAAAAAUAAUAAAAAUAAAGAUACAAAAAAAAAGAGAAAGAAAAUUAAUUUAUUCAAAAAAAAAAGUAAUAAUUAUAAUGAUGAACAUAAUACAAAUGUUAAUAAUAAUUUGAAUAUGUUGGGAAAAAAUGUCAAAUCUAUUAAUAAUAAUAUGGAAAAUUAUAAAAAUUUAGAGAAAAGUAGUAAAUCAAAAUAUAACCAAAAUAAUAAUAAAGAUGAUUUUUUUUUUUAUGAUUUUAAAAUUAAUAACAAUAAUGAACAGUACAAAAAAAAAAAAAGAAAAAGGAAAUAUGAAGAAUAUGAAAUGCAUAAUAAGGAAGAAAAAGAAUAUGUGAAUAAUAUAGAAAAACAAAGAAAUUUAAAUAUUAAUGAAAAACAUAAACUAAAUUUAGAAGAAUUCAAUAUUAAUAAAUAUGCAAAUAAAUACUUUAAACAUAAUUCUGAGGAUGAUCGCAUAUCAUUAAUCAUCAAUAAAAUAAAAAAAAAUUUGCUACUUAAAAAAAAAGAAAAUUCAUUUAAUAAUUUACAGAGUACUAAUAAUAGUGUUGAUUCAUUCGAACGUUUUUGUUCAGAAGAAGAAUCAAGUAAUAUGAGAAGGAAAAUCAAAAGUAUAUCAAAUGGGGAUACUUAUUUUAAAAUAUGUAUCUGUGAUUGCCAUCAUAAUCACAACUACAGUGUAAAUAAUUACUCAAAUGAAAUGAUCAAUAAUUUUAACAAAAUAAAAAAUGAUCCUAUUUACAUUAAUAGUAAUUCUAUUGAAAUGAUUAAUAAUUUAUGCUUUAAUAAGAAAUGUAAUAUACAUAAAAUGAAAUGUAUAAAUAACAAAUUAAAUGACAACGUAAUAAAUAACAUUAAAAAGAAUGUAAAAAUAAUUAAUGAUAAUGAUGAUAUAAGCAUUUCUAAUUUUGAUAACUCUAAUGAAAAUGUUUAUGAGUUAAAUUUUUUAGAUAAAUUAUUUUAUAAUUUUAAUGAUAAUAAUGCCAUAUUAUUAAACAUAAGUAAAAAAAAUAUAUUCACAAUUACAUGUAAAGACAAUAUAGCAGGUGACAAUUAUUUAUUACUUAUUCCUUUUAAAAAAAGUGAAGAAAAAAAUAACAAUAAAAAUGAUGAAUCUAAUAGAGAUAAUAUACAAAAUAGUAACAAUACACCUUUUAUAAAUCAAAAGAAUAAUUUCAAUUUUGAUACUAACAUUGGUAGUAAUAAGAAAUUGAAUUAUAAUAACACUACAUUAAAAGAGAAAAUUACUUAUCAUAAUAUUAGUGACUGCAAUGAUUAUAUUAAUGAAAAUAAUAGUAAAAUGAAAAAUGAAAAAAUUGAAGAUAAUAAUACAAAUAAUGAAUGGCAAAGUUUUGUUAAUAUAGAACCAAAAAAGGAAAAAGAUACUGUUGACUCAAAAAUAAAUGAAUGUUUAGCUCGUAAGUAUUCUAGAGAAACAUUUAGGAAGUCUCUUUAUAAAUCUAAUAUAAAAAAUAAAUCACAUGUCAACAUAAAAAGUUUUGAAAAUUUUAAUUCCUUAUUAGAUAUGUUUUCAUAUAAUAAAAAAAAUUAUAUGAAGUAUUCCCAAGAAUCUCCCAUACCAACUGAUGAUUCUACAACAGAUUAUAGCAAUUUAAAGAAAAGUGAAAAUUAUAUUGAUAAAAAUAAAACAUCACAAUUUUUUACUGAUGAAGAAACUAAUAACAAUGUUAGCAAUGACUGUUUGUAUUCACCUAGUAGUCGUUUAACAAGUAUUGAUUCAAAUAAGUUCACACAUAAUAAUAAGGAAUGCACACAAAAAGAAAAAGAAUAUUGUAAUAAACAUAUGAAUGAUUCAUUAAAUUCAUCUUUUCAACAAAUAAUUACGCAAUGUAUAAUGAGCAAGAAAGGUAACACGAUAAAGUUACUAAAUGAAAUUAUGUCGAACGAAAAAAAUUUUUUUAAUUGUAUGAAAAAUAAUUUAUCAUUAAAAAAAAAAAUCAAUUUAAAUACAGAGAAAUAUUAUAAUGAUAAUAAAAAAUUUGAAAAAAAAGAUCUUUUAAAUUUUUUAAAACAAAAAAAAAAAAUGAAUAAUACAUUUAGUAGUGAAAAAGCUAAAUCAAAUUAUAUUAAACAUAGGAUUCAGAAAAAUAUGAAUUGCAAAAAUAUAAAAAAUCUACAAAAAUUGAAAUAUGAAACCACAAUGUGUUAUGACAAUUGGAAUUUUAUAAAAUAA